CCUCUAGUCGAGACACAAGCGGCCAGCGGGGCUGAGAGGAAGGUUUCACCGUUCAGACUCAUUGAUUUUUGGGAAAUUUAUUUCUUUCUCAAAUCAAGAUGAAGAAGUUCAUGUUGUUGCUCCUCUUCUGUCAUGUCGCAUCUCCAGUGCUUCACUCCCUGAAGUAUUUCUACACGGGAUCGUCUCAAGUUCCAAACUUCCCAGAGUUUGUCUCUGUUGGUUUGGUUGAUGAUGUUGAAUUUGAUCAUUAUGACAGCAACACACAGAGAAAUGAGCCCAAACAGGACUGGAUGGAGAAGGUCACAGCUGAUGAAGCUGGUUACUGGGACAGACAAACUCAGAUUCUUCAGGGCUCCCAGCAGGUCUUCAAAGGCAACAUUGAGACUGUGAAGAAACGCUUCAACCAAACUGGAGGUGUCCACAUUGCCCAGAUGAUGUAUGGCUGUGAAUGGGACGAUGAGACUGGAGCCACUAAUGGUUUUAAUCAGCAAGGUUAUGAUGGAGAAGACUGGAUAUCAUUUGACCUGAAGACACUGACGUGGAUCGCUCCAACACCACAGGCUGUCAUCACCAAACACAAGUGGGAGAGAGAGGCAGGUCGAAAUGAGUACUGGAAGAACUACCUCACCCAGGAGUGCAUUGAUUGGCUGAAGAAAUAUGUGGACUAUGGGAGGAGCACUCUGCUGAGAACAGAGCUUCCCUCGGUGUCUCUCCUCCAGAAGACUCCCUCCUCUCCAGUGACCUGCCACGCUUCAGGUUUCUACCCCAACAAAAUCAUGUUGUUCUGGAGGAGAGACGGAGAGGAGCUUCAUGAGGACGUGGACCACGGAGAGAUCCUCCACAACCACGAUGGAACCUUCCAGAAGAGCGUUGACCUGGACGUUUCAUCAGUCAAAGCUGAAGACUGGGGGAGGUACAGCUGUGUGUUUCAGCUCUCUGGUGUCAACGAGGACAACGUCACCAAACUGGACCCAAAAGUGAUCAAGACCAACAGAGCUCCAGAUUCUCCCUCAGAGUUUCCCACUGGUGCUGUUGUUGGAGCUGUUGUCGGCCUGCUGGUCCUGGUGGCGAUCUGCAUUGCUGGAGUCAUCUUCUGGAAAAGGAGAAAUAAUGGGUUUCAAAGAGCGAAAACUUCGGACAGUUCGGACGGUUCAGCUUCAUCUGUCGAAGCUGCACCUCUUAAGUGAGCACAUCCUGACAGGGAGAAUCAGUGAAGACAAGAACGGAUGGUGGAUUCCAGGAAGUCAUCAAGGCAUCAAAAACUAUUUUUCUUCCUUAGAGAACAUGUGCGCUAUUUGAUUCAAAAAUGCACAUUAACUAAACUUGUUUCAUUGAAAAAUGAAAUUUGAGAAAGUUUUAGGACAAAACAAAUUAGUUAAAAUUGCUUUGAUCCAUUGGCCAAAAGAAGAAAAGAAAAUGUUUCGUAUUCAGGCUCUGUCCUUGUCUCUGGACUAUAGUGUGAUUACUGUCUAAUGCAGAUUUUCUUCCUUAAAUGAGAGACAGUCUGAGUUGGCAGAAAUAUGACUGUACAUAUAAAUCUGUAUCAGUAACAUCAGCAGAGUAGAGCUGGGCAAUAUGGACAAAAUCAAAUAUCACUUUUUUAAAUACUUCAUUAUGGGAUAACUAUUGUUGGUUUCACAAAAUCUUCACACAAUGAUAUGAUCAGGCAGGUCGAGGGCAACAGCUGUAACGCUCUAAUAAUUUCAGAAAACUACAUCCCUUUACUUUGAUGAAGUCUAAGUUUGUUUGUUUUUUUAAUCUGGUGAAGUGGUUUCUGUUGUUCAGUGAGCAAGACUCAUCAUGUGUUGUGUAUAGAUGUUAAAAUGAGUAAAGAUGAAUUUGAAUCCAGUUU